UAGUGCACUAUGCACGACCAAGUUCAGCAGAUACGGAGAUACCAGUGAAGACAGCGUCUCCCGCGAAAAAAGAGUGAAAAGAAAAGGGAAAAAAGCGCUAAGCAGACGCUUGAACUCGAACCAAGUUUGCCACUUUCGAUUUUCGCCACCGCCCCAUUGAUAAAGCAAGCGAAGAAAGCAAAGAACCAAGUCAAAGCAACGAAGACUCGGGCAAGAAAGAAUAUAUGUCUUCUGAUUCUGAUCUUCUCCCCCAAGUAGGGAGAACCCAAACAAAUCCUUCCAAGCUACCCAUUACAUCUCCUCGAUCAGACAGAGACCUUUGUUUUGCAGGGCGAGUAGUACGAUGUCCAUGACGGACCUUUCUCUUUUUCCUGGUUUUAGAUUUUGUCCGACGGACGAAGAACUCAUCUCUUACUAUCUCAAACAAAAGAUUUUGGGCAUGGAGAAGAGUGUGCAAGUGAUUCCCGAGGUUGUUUUCUGCCAACACGAACCUUGGGACUUACCUGCCAAAUCAAUCAUUCAAUCGGAUCAUGAGUGGUUCUUCUUUGCUCCUCGCGGCAGGAAAUACCCGAAUGGCUCUCAAACUAAGAGGGCUACUGAAGCCGGUUACUGGAAAGCAACAGGGAAAGAGCGUCCAGUGAAGUCUGGUUCGAAUUUGAUCGGUGCGAAGCGGACUCUGGUGUUCCACAAAGGGCGAGCACCAGAAGGUGAAAGGACAGAUUGGAUAAUGCACGAAUAUUCUAUAAAAGGAAAUUUUCAGCUGCAGGACUCUUUUGUUGUUUGCCGCCUACGGAAGAAGCCCUCGUCAAGCCCAACGACCCCAAACUGCAUCUCAGUUAGUCAAAAGGGUCUAUCACCUCCAAGUGUGAAUGCUUAUGCUGUUGGUGAAAGAAACCAACCACAGGUUGGUACAUCUGAAGCAGGGAAGGAAACAGAAUGCUCCUCAGAGAAGCAUAGAAGCAGUUCACAAUGUUCUUCUAGUGAACAAGUUGAUUCAGCAUCAGAUCUACCUGAGGAAACAUGCUCUCUCCAACCCCAUACUCAUACCAGUGAAAAGAAUCAUGAUGUAGAUGAUGAUUGUUUCGCUGAUAUAUUGAAGGAGGAUAUUAUUCAGCUUGAUAUCCCUUCAACAUCCUCAGCUGAGUUACCAUUGCCUACAGUUGUUGACAAGUCUGUGUCUGAAAGAAAUUAUGGACAGUCCAUAUACACAGCCAAGAUGCAGGAGUUUCCCUUCCAAGGAACAGCUCAAAGGCGGAUCAGACUGAGAAGAUUUAAACGAAGUCCAUGUGAUGCAGACUCAUUGGAAGCCUGUGAUGAUCACCACGUAGCAGCAGUGAUGAGGCUAGAUGUAAAGCAAUCUGUAAAUGGUGCAAGGGAUACUUUAUUGGUUAGGGCAGUCAAUUACCGGCUCAUACUCUGGUUUUUUCCAAUUUUGGUUUUGCUGGUUUUGUUACUUCUGCUGCCUAGGGGAACUGAUCAUUUCUAAAUGUUCUGAUAUAGUGCCGUUUGAUGAUUUAUGUACAUGUAUAUAAUAUAGGAUAUAUAGUGAAGUUUGUUUAAGCUGAUAUUUAUGCAAUUGCAAGGGAUGGUGAAAAUUAUGUAUCAUGAGUUUUGCCUUUAAUAGAUGGGACAUUAUAUUUUC